AUGUCGUUCACGCGCUCGCUGUUCACAGCUCUGCAUCUCUCUGGGACGCUGCCCAGCGGACCCCUAACUUUCCGCGGGGCAGGGCCCACGCCGAGACUCCUGGGGCUCUGCCGGCACCCCCAACUCUCGGAACCCGUGCGCCGGGGUGACGUGCUCGCCUCCCGCGCUGCACCCGGCUUCCGCGCGCUGCGGAAGCCCAAUUCCCGGCCGGCGGGCGGCAGGAGCGACCCCGGCCGACUCCCCGCGGGGCUCGGCUCUGCUUCCUCCUCCUCCUCUUCCUCCUCCUCCAGCCCACGCCUACCGCCCCGCCCGCGCGGCCGCCGCCUGCGGCUUUGUUUUCCUCCCAGGUUUCACGGCCCACACGUGAUACUGUGUUAUUGCUCGGAGCGCGAGCGCGGGCCGCAGCCCUGGCUGCUGCCCCGCGCGUCGGGGGAGCUGUCGCUGCCGCCCCGGCCCGCGCCCCCCACCGCCUGCGUCCAGCUGCAGCCGCCCGAGGGGCCGGGGCAGGAGGAGCUGGAGGAGGACGACGCCUUCGCUGGCGUGCAGGUGCCGGCGGCCGCCUUUCUGGGCUCCGGGACCCCCGGCAGCUCUAGCGGCAGUCGGGGCCGCCUCAACUCGUUCACUCAGGGGAUCCUGCCCAUCGCCUUCUCCAGGCAGACCUCCCUGGAGCAGCCGGGCCCGGGCGGCGGUGCUGGCGCCUUGGAGCAGCUGCAGAGGUCCCGGCGUCGCCUCAUCUCCCAGAGAUCGUCCCUGGAGACCCUGGAAGAUAUUGAGGAGAACGCCCCCCUCCGAAGAUGUCGGACUCUCUCAGGUUCGCCCAGACCAAAGAAUUUUAAGAAGAUUCAUUUUAUCAAGAACAUGCGGCAGCACGACACCAGGAAUGGCAGAAUAGUCCUUAUCAGUGGCAGAAGAUCCUUCUGUAGUAUAUUUUCCGUGCUGCCGUAUCGCGACAGUACCCAAGCCGGGGACUUGAAGUUGGAUGGAGGGCGACAGUCAACAGGCGCCAUGAGCCUGAGAGAGAUCAUUGGCCUGGAAGGUGUGGAGCUGGGUGCCGACGGGAAGACAGUUUCGUAUACCCAGUUUCUGCUCCCCACAAAUGCCUUUGGAGCCCGGAGGAACACCAUAGACUCCACCUCCUCCUUCUCCCAGCUCCACAACCCAAGCCACCGCAGCCUCUCCAUCGGCCGGGCCAGCAGCACCCAGGGCAGCCUGGACGCAGGUAGCGAUCUGGGAGAGUUCAUGGACUAUGACCCCAACCUCCUGGACGACCCCCAGUGGCCAUGUGGCAAGCACAAGCGAGUCCUGAUCUUCCCUUCGUACAUGACCACAGUCAUUGACUACGUGAAGCCCUCGGAUCUCAAGAAGGAUAUGAACGAGACCUUCAAGGAGAAGUUUCCUCACAUUAAGUUAACGCUCAGCAAAAUAAGGAGCCUGAAACGGGAGAUGCGGAAGCUUGCCCAGGAGGACUGUGGCUUCGAGGAGCCCACAGUGGCCAUGGCAUUUGUCUACUUUGAGAAGCUCGCCCUCAAGGGGAAGCUGAACAAGCAGAACCGGAAGCUGUGUGCUGGAGCAUGUGUCCUAUUAGCGGCCAAGAUUGGAAGUGACCUCAAAAAACAUGAAGUCAAGCAUUUAAUUGAUAAGCUGGAAGAGAAGUUCCGGCUGAACCGACGAGAACUGAUUGCCUUCGAGUUCCCGGUGUUAGUGGCCUUGGAAUUCGCACUCCACCUGCCAGAGCACGAGGUCAUGCCACACUACAGACGCCUCAUCCAGCGCUCCUAGCACAGGCCCCGGGGGUGGGGGGAAGGCCAGGCGCUGGGGCUCAGGGGAGCAGCGCUGACUCCCGGAAAUGCAGCGCUGGAGCUCCAGGGACCAGCUGCUUUUCCUCUCUCCGUGCUCUCCUGGGAAGCAGCAAUGGAAAGGGCAGGGUGGCUCCUGCUCACAGAGAAGAGCUGUGAGCUCGUUGCUGCUCAGAGCCCGAGAAGGGGAGCUGUGUGCUGACGUGUGGCAGAGGCCCUGUCACCCUGCUCCCCGCCAGCGAGGACCCGAGCAGCCCAGCUGCUGCUGCUCCGGGAGCACACAGACCUGGCCCUCCUUGUCCACGACUGUCCCCGAGAUCUGCCUCGGAGCGCAGUGCUAGAGCAGAUGAGCAAACUGCAGGAUUGGGAAGGCGUUUAGAAAAACCCUCCCUGUGUCAAAAGCGUGUGCCAAUCUAUUUUUGUAUCAACCGUUGGAAGUGCACUUUCCCCGUCAGGUGCCCGUGCAAGCCCCAGCCAGCGCCCCUUGGACCUGACAGUUCUUUCCAGACUAUGUCUGGAUGACAGUUGCUGUCACCCAGUUCCACAUUGACAGCCUUCACUCUUAGGGGAUGACAUUGUUUCUGUCACCGUUUGUGCCACCAACCAGACAGAGACAAGCCCCAGUGCUGGACAGGUCACAUGGAAAGCGAAUGGACUGUGACACCCUCCGUACCUUCCUGCUGUCUCAUACCGCGUGCAUCUGCUGGCUUGCACACUCCCCCGGGAGACGCGGGGCUCACACCCCAGUGUGUCGGGUGCUCUAUGUUAGAGUGCGUCCUAAGCACGUUGCCUGUGCUAGACCUGUGGAAGAGUUCUGUACAAAUGCAGCGAGAGGGUGGGUUGGCUUCUGGCUCUGCGGCUGGGACAAACUGCAUUUUUAGCAGCAGUGACUCUUGGGACCGUGUACCGAGGUCCCCUACUGCAGAUUUUGGGUGACUUGUCCUGAUAACUCUGGAAUGACCUGCACUGAGGCGGGUCACGACAGGUGUCAACUGGCUGAAGAAAGCUUGUGGCCGUGUAAAAAGAAUUAAAGUAUUUUACUGUUUUAUAUGUA